AUGGAAAUUGGAUGUUUAUGUCCAUCAAUAUCACCAAUUGUGAUCAACAAACAAACGAAGCAACUUAUCCGCAGCAAUCUUCAUUAUCAACAUUACGCCGUCAUCGUAUAUCAGGAAACUCACCCUGAAUAUCACUUAAUCUUUUAUAUAGCAAUAGCACGAGAUUAUUCUGCAUAUCUUACGGAAAACAUAGAUCAAGAGAGUGAAGAUGAUGUACGCCUUGCCGGUCUGUAUGUCUGUCCGCCUUUCAACUACCACCAUCGAAGUUUCGUUCUUUUCUAA